UUAAUUUUGAUGAUAAAAAUAGAUUUGAAUUACAAACAAAUUGCUUUACAUUGGAGAAAGAUUGACCUCUAACAGACAAAUUUUUUAUGAUCAUUUUCUUUUGGUUUGGAUUGAUUUUUUUCCUAAUUCAGUAAUUGGCAUUCAGUUCAACAGAAUCAUGCAGGAUUCAGAGUGUAUAACAACAUUGAAAAUUCUAAUUGUUGGGGAAAGUGGUGUUGGAAAAUCUAGUUUGCUCCUGAGGUUUACGGAUGACACAUUUGAUCCAGAGCAGAGUGCAACAAUUGGAGUCGACUUCAAAGUCAAGACCUUCACUGUGGAAGGCAACUGUACCAAACUUGCAAUUUGGGACACAGCAGGUCAAGAGAGAUUCCGUACUCUGACUCCAAGCUACUACCGUGGUGGCCAGGGCGUGAUCAUGGUGUAUGAUGUUACUAACAGACACACAUUCUCCAAACUGGAUAUGUGGUUGUCAGAAGUUGACACUUAUGCAACCAAGCCUAACUUGGUUAGAAUGCUGGUUGGCAAUAAAAUUGAUAAGCCUGGUCGAGAGGUAAGCAGAGAGGAAGGAUUGGCAUUCGCUCGUCGUCAUGCGAUGUUGUUCAUCGAAGCCUCUGCAAAAACACAGGAUGGUGUUCAGUGUGCAUUUGAAGAGUUAGUUCAAAAGAUCCUGCAGACACCAGGGCUGUGGGAAGUUGACAACAGGAGUCAGGGUGGAGGUUUCUCUGUCUCCAGAGAAGACACUGCUGCUCAACAGUCGAGCUGUGGUGGCUAUUGCUCCCUUGUGUAGAUUAUGUUACAGCUGACCGUUAUUGGACGAAUUUGAGUCUUCGGUGACAGUUCACCACAAACUAUUCCUGCAUAUGCACACUUUAUUUCCUACCAAUUUCGUUCUGUAGGACGAAAUGAAUCGUGGUCACUUAAUUGCAAGUGACACAUUCUUUUAAAAGCAUUGGUUAUAUCAUACAUGUUUUGUAUUUGGUGUCUGUUGGAGAUUUUUGAGUUCAAGAGCCUUUCAUACUUGGGUUCCGAAUUUCAUCACUAAAUAUAGCUUUUUUUUGAUGUUCUGGAGUAUUUUUCUAUUGCAAUCUUCCAGCGUUUUCCCUACCUUGUCUAUAUGGUCAUAUACUGAGAGUCUGGAAAACGACCUAUUUUAAUAAUACAUUUUAAUGUUCAGAAAUAAAUGCUUAGUCCGAUAUAGUUUGUGUUUGCUGCUUGCGUUUGUAAUAGGCUUCUAAUUUUGAAGUGCACUGUAGAUCACUAAAAAAUUAUAAUAAAUUAUGGUAUUAUGCUAACCUUGUAAUUGCUGUGUACUAAAACUGUAGUUGAAAUUAUGUUAUUCCGAAGAGAGAUUUUAUGCUUUAACUUGUAUGCGUUAUGUGCUAAUGACUGUUGGGGUAAAAGCAUUGAGAUGAGAAUAUCUCAGGAUUUGUUUGACUCGACCUUGUAUUAUUUAUCGUGACUAUGUAUCACAUUUUGAGGUAUAUUUUCGGGUCACCUCUUACUAGCCGGUCACCUCUUGAAUGGUUGUCAUUCGAGCCUGAAAAAUAUGUACACAUUGUGAUUGAUAUCAAUAGGAAAUGAUCAACUCGUGAAAACGGGCGAUUCAUUUAGUCAAGACCUGUGGGAGAAAUUUUCAUAUUUACAACCACGUUUUCCAAGUUUAUUCAAUCCAUUUUUCAAACCAUUUCAAAUAUUGCUCAUAAUAAAAUAUAUGGGAUUUAGGUUACUUUUCUAUGCAAUAUUGAUAUAUGUUAAUUCCUUUCAAUAACCUUUGCAACCAUGAUCAGAAUUGAACAUAUAUGUGUGUAAUACGGCAUCCUUUGUAGAACUCGGUGAAAACAUAACGUCUGUUCGUGUGGUGUUUGAAGUCGCUCUUAAUUAGUUAGUCCUAAAUUUUCUCUCCUUGUAUUUAUAAUCAAAGUUAUUAUGUGUACCUCUUGUUUAUCUGUUGAGCAUUAAAAAUACUAUGCUGCUACUAUGGUAAUGCUAUUAAUGUUGAGAGUUGAAAAAUCAGAAAGGAAUUUUGUUCUACGGCAAAAAUGUAAAGGAUUGAUGGAUUAUUCAGCGCAGUUUUAUUGAUUUUAAUGCGAAAGCUUUAAUGACAUGGUUGAAAAAUUUUUACUCUAUCGAAGUGUUCUAUCACAUUUUGAUGUUAGAACACACAAGUUUUUGUUUGCAGAUGCAACAAGUUCUCGUGAGCUACGAUAGCGAACAUGCUAAGUCUUUUGGUACUGCCGUGGCAAACUCAUGCCAGCUUCAAUUUAUAAUUUCCUACUUUCGAGUCGAUUUGCUUGUCAGUGAGUUCGUUAGCUGAAUUGCGCAAUAGGGUUCUUUUCACACGUGUAAUAUUGAAUGCAGUUCUUAAUAUUAUGUUAAAAACCAUCAGUAAUUUGUUACUAAUAACCUCAACCGACAUUGACAGAUCAGUGUCCUCCUAUAUCGAAUUCUUUGUUCAAUAACCGUACUGAUUGAUCAUGAACGUUUUUAUUACCUCUAUUUUAAUCGAAAUUGAGUUUUCGUGAAUAGGUAUGAUGGCUGAAAGAUGACAUGCUUAAAAUUUCACACAUUAAGUUGUUGAAGUUGACUCUGAAAGUCAUCUGAUUAUUAACGGCUAACGUUAAGUUUCACUUGAUGCAAGUUAGGGUAUAGUGUGAUAUUUUAAUAUAAGGAUACGAAUUUAAAUAUGAUAUCUACUGUAGUGAGAUUACUAAUACACGAGCUCAAGACGGA